GGCACGCCCCGUGCCCCUCCCCAGAGGCCCAGCCGAUGUGGCCGCCCUGCUGUUGGACCUCCCAGCCUUCAGAAUCGUGCUGGGCCAGCAAUUGGAAAUAUAGUGGAGAAUAAGAUUGCCAUCCCUAUCCUCAUGGAGUUUUUGUUCAACUUAGAGGUGAUGGCCUCUGCCAUGUCAUGAUACAGCUAGAAGAUCUUCACCACAUACUGAGCAGAUGCUGGCACAACCCCUUGGACUUUCCAGCCUCCAGAACUAAGGAGCUUAAUUCCGUCGCUUCUGAGCUGUCUGCACGGCAGGAGGAGAGUGAACAUUCUCAUAAACAUUUAAUUGAACUCCGCCGGGAAUUUAAGAAAAAUGUACCUGAGGAAAUCAGAGAGAUGGUGGCUCCUGUAUUAAAAAGCUUCCAAGCUGAGGUGGUGGCCCUUAGUAAGAGAAGCCAGGAGGCGGAAGCUGCUUUCCUGAGUGUUUACAAGCAGUUAAUCGAAGCACCAGACCCCGUGCCCGUGUUUGAGGCGGCGCGCAGCUUGGACGACAGACUGCAGCCCCCCGUCUUCGACCCCAGUGGGCAGCUCCGGCGAGACCUCCACGCUUCUUGGAAGAGGCACCCCGAGCUCCUCAGCCCUAAAGAACAGAGAGAGGGGACGUCUCCGGCCGGGCCCACGCUGACUGAGGGGAGCUGUCUCCCUGAGGAGGUGAGAGAGGGCCUUCAAGAAGUACAAAUCACUUUGGCGACCAGACUGGGGGAGGCAGAGGAGAAAAUCAAAGUCCUACAUUCAGCGUUAAAGGCCACACAGACAGAGCUGCUAGAGCUGCGGCGGAAAUACGACGAGGAGGCAGCGUCCAAGGCAGAUGAGGUCGGGCUGAUCGUGACCAACCUGGAGAAGGCGAACCAGCGAGCCGAGGCUGCCCAGCGGGAGGUGGAAAGUCUUCGUGAACAACUGGCCUCUGUGAACAGCUCCAUCCGUCUGGCCUGCUGCUCCCCGCAGGGACCCGGUGGGGAUAAGGUGAACUUCACAUUGUGCUCCGGGCCCCGGCUGGAGGCCGCCUUGGCCUCCAAGGACAGGGAGAUCCUGCGGCUGCUGAAGGACGUGCAGCACCUCCAGACCUCACUGCAGGAGCUGGAAGAGACCUCUGCCAACCAGAUCGCAGACCUGGAGCGGCAGCUCACGGCCAAGUCCGAGGCCAUCGAAAAGCUGGAAGAGAAGCUCCAGGCACAGUCCGACUAUGAAGAAAUUAAAACAGAGCUGAGCAUCCUGAAAGCCAUGAAGCUGGCCUCCAGCACCUGCAGCCUCCCCCAGGGCCUGGCCAAGCCCGAGGACUCGCUGCUCUUAGCUAAGGAGGCCUUCUUUCCCACGCAGAAAUUCCUUCUGGAAAAGCCUGGUCUCGUGGCCAGCCCUGAGGAGGAUCCUUCGGAGGACGAUUCUAUCAAAGACUCGCUGGGCCCGGAACAGCCCUACCCCUCCCCUCAGCAGCUCCCGCCUCCACCAGGGCCUGAAGACGCCCUGUCCCCCAGCCCUGGGCAGCCCCUGCUGGGCCCCGGCCUGGGCCCCGACGGCCCUCGGACUUUCUCGCUGUCCCCCUUCCCCAGCCUGACUGGGGAGAGGUUGGCAGGGGAUGCGCUGCUGUCUAAGCACAUGAUGGCCCCGGCCGCCUUCAAGGGGGAGGCAGGUGGCCUGCUGGUGCUCCCUCCCACCUUUUAUGGCACCAAGCCCCCCACGGCCCCUGCCACCCCGGCCCCUGGCCCGGAGCCACCCGGGGGCCCUGAGCAGGCCGACGGGGGUGGCGGCUGUGCAGCGGGGGCGGGCCCGGAGGAGGAGCAGCUGGACACGGCUGAGAUCGCCUUCCAGGUGAAGGAGCAGCUGCUCAAGCACAACAUCGGCCAGCGCGUGUUCGGUCACUACGUGCUGGGGCUGUCGCAGGGCUCGGUCAGCGAGAUCCUGGCCCGGCCCAAGCCCUGGCGCAAGCUCACGGUGAAGGGCAAGGAGCCCUUCAUCAAGAUGAAGCAGUUCCUGUCUGACGAGCAGAAUGUGCUGGCCCUCAGGACCAUCCAGGUGCGACAGCGAGGCAGUAUCACCCCAAGAAUCCGCACCCCUGAGACAGGCUCGGAUGAUGCCAUCAAGAGCAUCCUGGAGCAGGCCAAGAAGGAGAUCGAGUCGCAGAAGGGGGGCGAGCCCAAGAACUCCGCAGCACCGUUGAGCAUCACCAAUGGCACUGCCUCUGCCAGCACCUCGGAAGAUGCCAUCAAGAACAUUCUGGAACAAGCACGCCGUGAGAUGCAGGCGCAGCAGCAGGCCCUGCUGGAGAUGGAGACGGGCCCCCGGGGCCGCUCGGUGCCCCCCUCACCGCCGGAGCGACCCUCACUGGCUGCUGUGAGCCAGAACGGGGCCCCAACUUACGUCAAGCAGGAGGACAGCAGUGGUGGUGGCAGCGGGGGCACCAGCAGCAGCGCCACGCAGACGUCCCUCACUGUCCUGUCCCCCGCCGCCUUCGUGCAAAGCAUCAUCCGUAAGGUCAAGUCGGAGAUCGGUGACGCGGGCUACUUUGACCACCACUGGGCCUCGGACCGCGGCCUGCUCAGCCGCCCCUACGCCUCUGUCUCGCCCUCACUCUCCUCCUCCUCUUCCAGCUACUCUGGCCAGCCCAAUGGGCGUGCCUGGCCCCGCGGGGAUGAGGCCCCCACAGCCCCCGAGGACGAGGCCGCCGGGGGCGAGGAUGAGCCCCCCCGGGUGGGCGAGCUCAAGGUGGAGGGGGGAGUCGCCGAGGCUGGCAGCGGGAGCCGGCUGGCCUACUACCCGGCCUACGUGCCCCGCACCCUGAAGCCCACGGUGCCGCCCCUGACUCCCGAGCAGUACGAGCUGUACAUGUACCGCGAGGUGGACACGCUGGAGCUCACACGCCAGGUCAAGGAGAAGCUGGCCAAGAACGGGAUCUGCCAGAGGAUCUUCGGGGAGAAGGUGCUGGGCCUGUCACAGGGCAGUGUGAGCGACAUGCUGUCUCGGCCGAAGCCAUGGAGCAAGCUGACGCAGAAGGGGCGGGAGCCCUUCAUCCGCAUGCAACUGUGGCUCUCGGACCAGCUGGGCCAGGCGGGGGGCCAGCAGCCCAGCGCCUCCCAGGCCAGUCCCACGGAGCCGAGGUCCUCACCGUCCCCACCCCCCAGCCCCACGGAGCCUGAGAAGAGCUCCCAGGAGCCCUUGAGCCUGUCGCUGGAAAGCAGCAAAGAGAACCAGCAGCCAGAAGGCCGCUCCGGCUCCUCCCUGGGUGGGAAGAUGUGCUCGGGCAGCCAGGCCACAGGAGGCAUCCAGGAGAUCGUGGCCAUGUCCCCCGAGCUGGACACCUACUCCAUCACCAAGAGGGUUAAGGAGGUCCUCACCGACAACAACCUAGGGCAGCGGCUGUUUGGGGAGAGCAUCCUGGGCCUGACCCAGGGCUCCGUGUCCGACCUGCUAUCCCGACCCAAACCCUGGCACAAGCUGAGUCUAAAGGGACGAGAGCCGUUUGUCCGCAUGCAGCUGUGGCUCAAUGACCCCCAUAAUGUGGAGAAGCUGAGGGACAUGAAGAAGCUGGAGAAGAAAGCCUACCUGAACCGCCGCUACGGCCUCAUCAGCACGGGCUCGGACAGCGAGUCCCCGGCCGCCCGCUCCGAGUGCCCCAGCCCCUGCCUGCAGCCCCAGGACCUGAGCCUCCUGCAGAUCAAGAAGCCCCGGGUGGUGCUGGCGCCCGAGGAGAAGGAGGCGCUGCGCAAGGCCUACCAGCUGGAGCCCUACCCCUCCCAGCAGACCAUCGAGCUCCUGUCCUUCCAGCUCAACCUCAAGACCAACACCGUCAUCAACUGGUUCCACAACUACAGGUCCCGGAUGCGCAGGGAGAUGUUGGUGGAGGGGACCCAAGACGAGCCAGACCUCGACACAAGCGGGGGUUCUGGAAUCCUACCGCCAGGCCACUCCCACCCAGACCCCACUCCGCAGAGCCCCAACUCGGAGGCUGAGGACCUGAAGCCUACCGUGAAAGAACUGGAGCUCCAGGAGGGUGCCGAGGAGAGCACACCCCUGGGUGCCCAGGACAAGGCCCCAGUGAGGAUCAAACAGGAACAGACAGAGGACGAUACUGAGGAAGAGGCAGGCAGCGAGCCCCGGGACUUAGGGGAGCCUGACAAAGGCCACGGUCCCCCCAAAGAGGAGCAUCCUGACCUUUUGGCUGACGAAGGACUCUCAAAAGUGGCCCCAGGACCUCUCCUUCCAGGUGGGACAACCCCAGACUGCCCCUCACUACAUCCCCCCAAGGAGAGUGAGGCUGGGAAGCGGCUUCACCCGGACCCACUAAGUUUUAAAUCAGCCUCCGAAUCCUCACGCUGCAGCCUGGAGGUAUCACUGAACUCACCCUCAGCUGCCUCCUCACCAGGCCUCAUGAUGUCUGUGUCACCCAUCCCCUCCUCCUCAGCCCCCAUCUCCCCGUCCCCACCUGGCGCCCCUCCUGCCAAAGUGCCGAGUGCCAGCCCCACAGCCGACACAGCCGGGACCUUGCACCCUAGCGCCAAGGUGAAGCCUAACUUGCAGCGGCGGCAUGAGAAGAUGGCGAACCUGAACAGCAUUAUCUACCGGCUAGAAAGGGCUGCCAAUCGGGAAGAAGCCCUAGAGUGGGAGUUCUGAAGGUGGGCCCUAGGGGGCUGGGGCAUAUCCCAGCAACCACCUUCUUUCUCCCACUCACUCUCUGGGACAGGCUAAGGUCAAGGAGAGAGGAACUUAACUAUCAAAAUGUGGGCAGCAAUGUUAUGCCAUUUACAUUUUUUGUUAUAUUCCUAGUUCUAUGAAGUGUGAGUGCGUGGAUGGGGCAGAGGCCCACGCUUCCUCUUUUUGGCACCCCCUGCCCUCCAAAGCCGCAAGAAUCCUGCCCCUCUUCUCCACCCUGAGCCCUCUGCAGGAGGCAGAAGCAAAAUGAUGCCACAUUUUCACCUGAAAACUCCAAACUCUUUUAGAAAAAUAAAUAAAUAUUUAUAGACCUCUUUUAGAUAUUUUAAUAAAGGAUCCUUUGGAAUUUAUUCCCAGCCAAUGCUGUUUUGAUAUUACAGAGUUAUAAAAUCAGGAUGCUGUCACAACUGUUGCGAAGUAUACACUGAAGUUGUGUCGUUUUUGCCACUAGAUGAGAUUAAAAGAAGACAAUUGUUCAAAGCCAUCACGAAACACUAUAAGACUGACCAAAAUUGAGAUAACCUUUGAAAUGCAGUUUUUUUUCCACGUCUGUCUGUGAGACACAGCACAUUGCUACUGCCCUUCCAGAAACCAUGCUGAGAAGAUAAAGUCCAAAAGACUCUAAAUGAAAACCUCGAUGCUGUUGAGGAUGAGUUUCAGCCCGGUGGUCUGUUUAGCAACCUUGAUCAUGCCAAGUGCCCGUCCCUCACCGUCGUAAAUGUUGCAGGACACGGGCGGCCGUGGCCUACGUGCACGAUGUAGCCUGGGCCCGAACAAACAGCUGACUCAAUUAGAAACCUUGGGCCACAGAGCUGGGACAGCCAUCUUGUCCAUCUGUAGACCAGAGGUGUUUCCAGAUCCUUUGGAAAGCCAGGCAUGGGGGCAGGUGCUUGGAGAAAGUGGCACUAGAGCUAGAGUGACCCCGUGUCCUCCCAAAAUUGUGGCCGCAACCCCAGAAGGUUCCCCCCUGGUCUGAGUGUGGGCAUUUCAGAGCCAGACUGUGGUCGCCUCCUGGUGUUUUCGGAGAGUGACAGUGUUGGUCACUCCACACGCUCAAGCUUAGCAACCUGCGCCAAAAAGUAGCUUGAGCAGAGUAGAGACCUCAACUGCCCUUCUCGCCAUCUUCCCCCUCAAGUCACUCCUGGUGCUGUUUCUGGAAGGCAUCUGCAACUCCAAGGCCGUGCAGCACCCUGGAAGGCCGAGCAGGCUGCAGCAUGUCCACCGUACCCUAGCUCCAAGUCCAUCCCCGCCCCCCGCCUUCCAAUGCCUGACCUGCUGGGGAGAAAGGCCCCAGCCCCCAGCUCCGAGGAGCCCUUCCUCCCAUGUCUUCACAGUUUCUAAGGAGAGAUUCCCCAGCUGGGCGGACCAGUCUCCAUAUUGGUCGUUGAAUCUCUGCUUUUAUUUCUUUUGCUUUUUAAACUCCGCGGGAAGGCUGAGUUGGGUGACUCCCUAGAAUGACAAUGGAAAGGUGACCAUACUCGGUGCCAAUGCAGUGCUGGGGGGGAGAGAUGGCCAACAGAGCUUUCUAGGGUGCAGUGAGUGUCUCGAAACUGUCUGGGCGACACCCAGGGACCAGAAGGGACCAAGGGAGGAUUGUUCCAGAAAUCCCUUGCACACCAAGCCCAGGCUGCAGCCUCCACCAGAAACAGUAGGCAACAACACAAACCCUGAUGGAAAACCUCCUUUUCCAUACACCCCGGCUAUGCAUUGAAGAGUUUUCCACUGUAUACAUUUUUAUCCAGAUGAAGGUAUUUUUAUAUUUUGACAAUAGGAAACAGUGACCAGUUUUCAGAGUCAUCAAAUCUGGAACAAAGGAAACAUCUCCUUUCAGUCACCACCGCCCAGUUGCAAUCAGGACAACCCAGGGGGCACACACCACUUUUUACUGCUGAAACCAACACAGCGUUGAAACCCAGGCUUCCACACAGACUCGGAAUCUGAGCGAGCAAAAUUCGGCUUUAGUGCGACGGGAUGUGAUGAAGCACUUAACCUGUCGUCUUUCGAACACACAAAUCCUGUUGUACUGAAAGCUGGCGGGCCCGUGAACGACUUCGUCAGGUUCAUGUCCUACGACGGUAAAAACAAACGCCCACCCACAAACCGUUUCUAUGAGAGAUUGAUGAACUUUGUUUAAAAUUUUAAAAAAACGGAACACGUUCUGUAAACGAGUCGCUAAAUACAGAAUUGUAUAAUAAUGCUGGGUGUCCUGC